AUGGCAGCUACAUGGUCUCUUUUUUUCUUCUUAAUCUCAAUUCUUCCCUUUCUUUUAUUUCUUCAUCUUCAGAAAAAGCACAAAACAAGAAAGAUUCAUAGACCUCCAGGCCCUCCAGGACUGCCUUUCAUUGGAAACUUGCAUCAAUUUGAUAGCUUAAAGCCUCAUUUGUUCUUGAAAAACCUUUCCCAAAAGUACGGUCCUCUCAUGUCAUUGCGGCUUGGCUCCCGGAAAGUAGUCGUUAUUUCGUCGGCGAAAAUCGCAAAAGAAGCCCUAACAACCCACGAUCUGGUGGUUUCCAACCGCCCACGGCUUGUUAGCCACCAGAAGUAUUCUUACAAUGGAUUGGAAGUGGCUUUCUCUCCCUACGGAGAGUAUUGGCGUAAAAUGCGAAAGCUUACGGUCCUUCAUCUUCUGAGCGCGAAAAGGGUUCAAUCCUUUCAUCCCAUUAUUGAAGAUGAAGUUUCCAUUUUGAUCAAUGAAAUUUCGGAUUUAUGUUGUUCGUCUCAAGUUAUCAACUUGAGUUCGAUGGUUACGAAUUUCACGAGCUCAGUAGUCUGUCGCAUCGCAUUCGGAAAGAAGUAUGGCAAAGAAGAUUACGUUCAGAAGAGAAGAUUUGAAGAGAUUUUGCAUGAAUGCCAAGCCUUGUUCGCCGGGUUUUUUGUUUCUGAUUAUCUUCCUUGGUUAAGCUGGAUGGAUAAGCUUUCAGGAAUGUUUGAUCGUCUUGAGAAGAAUGCUAGAGACUUGGAUUUGUUUUACCAAGACCUCAUAAAUGAGCACUUGAAUCCAAACAGGCCAGACGCAAUGAACGAUGACAUUCUUGAUCUCUUGAUUCAGAUCAAGCAAGAACAAUCAUCCUCUACUGAUUUUACUUGGGAUCACAUCAAAGCAAUGCUCAUGGACAUAUUUGUGGCUGGCACAGAUACAAACGCAGCUGUAAUUACAUGGGCUAUGACAGCACUAAUGAAGACUCCUUCUGUUAUGAAGAGGGCACAAAAUGAAAUUCGAGAUUUGAUUAAAAAGAAGGGAACAAUGGCCGAAAAGGGAACAAUGGGAGAAGUACUUGAAGACCUUCCUUAUUUGGAUGCAAUCAUAAAAGAAACAUUCAGAUUGUUUCCUCCUGCGCCACUUCUCGUUCCAAGAGAAACUACACAAAAUUGUACCAUAGAAGGAUAUGAUAUCGAAAGUAAAACUUUGGUCUUUAUAAAUGCGUGGGCUAUCGCCAGAGAUCCUGAAAAUUGGAAAAAUCCAGAAGAAUUUUCUCCUGAGAGAUUUCUAGAUAAUAGCAUUGACGUAAGAGGAAAUGAUUUUCAAUUAAUUCCAUUUGGAGGAGGAAGAAGAGGUUGUCCUGGAAUUGCUUUGGCGUUAUCAACUGCGAAACUUUUACUUGCCCAUCUUCUUCACUCUUUUGAUUGGGAACUUCCUUUUGGAAUGAAAAGAGAAGAUAUCGAUACUGAUACACUGCCAGGGAUCACUAUGCACAAGAGAAAUCCUCUUCGCCUUAUGGCAAAGAAGACUAAUCUAAAAAUAGAUCAAAUUCAGGAGUCCGAACCUUCUGAACACCUAGUAUCAUUUCACCAAUGGAAAAUAGAUCCAAAGGUCGAAGAAAUGGUCAAGCAUAGUAGUCUCUUUAAACUAGCCAGCAGUUUGUCAAGCCAUAAAAUCGACAAGGAGCUGGUUUCAAUGUUUGUUGAUCGGUACAAUGUUGACGAUAGCUGUUUCCACAUAGGAAGGCAUCGCCUUUACAUGGGUUUAGAAGACAUAAUGUAUCUGACAGGACUCCCAAUCGAUGGAAACCCGGUCAUUGGGUCGUCGACAAAUCUCCUAGAUUUGUAUAAUGAUCUCCUAGGUAAAUCCCCGGAUGGCAUGAGAAACGAGGGAGAUGAUCAGAUUGGAAAGGUUGUAGUAAACUGUCUUUGGUUGAAAGACAACUUUGAAAAAGAUUUAUCAAGUGAAGAAAUCCCUACUGACGAGAUAAAAAAGUGCGCCAGAGCCUACAUGCUCUAUCUAUUAGGAUGUGUGCUUUUUCCUGCCGCUAGGUACCAGGUUUGCGCAAUUUUUAUCAGCUUGUUGAAGGAUCUAAAUCUGGUGGAUGAGUAUGCUUGGGGUGCAGCUUUGUUGGUUCACCUGCAUUCUGCAAUGAAAAUAAUGAAACAUACCUCCCUCAGGGGUGAAGGCAAGAAUUUAACGAGUUGCUGCUACAUCAUUCAGAUGUUUGCAUUAGAAAGGCUGCCAGAAUUGGCACAAAGGUUUUUCGAAAGUGAUUAUGUACCAACCAGCAUACCCCUGGCCAAAGGAUGGUCGAAAGCUCUCCAAGGUAGCAGAAACCCGCUGAAAAAGUUUGAUUUAAAAUCUAUCCUGGAUAAGAGAUCGUUUGAGGUAAAGUGGAUGCCUUACGAAAGGGUCCGCGAUAUAUCUGAUGAUUUCAAGAGGCAACUUAAAUUAUGUACUGCUCAGGUGUACCUCAUUUGCAACGAAAGGAUAUGGUACCAUGAUUGUACCAAUUCUGAGUUGCAAUUAUGCCGAGCAAUUGUUCAAGGCAUAAACAAACCCCGGGGUCCAGAGCAGAAGACCUUGAGCGGGACCAACCUAAGGGAUUGGACGGUGUACUACGGUUCCUACAUCGAAAAUUGGAAUAACCGUUGGUCGUUUUGCUCUGAUCUUAACGACGAUGAAGAAUCUGUUGAUGAAGGAGUGAUUAUGCCACCGGAGCCGCCUACAGAAGGUGAUGAUCGUGAACAAUCUGACGAGACAGUGACUCAAACAAAUAUGAUUAUGCCAUUGCCUAUGGGAGGUGAUGAUCUCAAUGAUCGUGAAGAAUCUAAUGAGACAGUAGCUCAAACAAUUACUGCAAUUGCUAUGCGAUCGAAUACUGAAGAUGCUGUUGAUCUGAAUGAUACUGAAAGACCCAAUCAGACAGACAAUCGAUCUAUUCUGAAGCGGAAACGUCCAGACAAUGACCGUCUGAUUAUCAUCGACGAUGAUGACGAGAUGGAUCACGCGAGUAGCAGCAGUACAACAAUCCUCGUCAAGGCAAAAUAUGGAGAUGAUAGUGUUAUGUUUCCUUUGAGCAGUAAUCCAGGAGUCGAAGAAUUGCGCAAUAAAUUGAAGCAAAGGUUUGUAGAACUGAAUUCUGAGAAGUUCAGAAUCAAGUACAAGUACCAAGGUUACUGGAUUCUGAUUGCAUGCGAUGAAGAUUUACGCUUUCGUUUGGAUGCUUUGAAAUCAUCAGCGCAAUCAACCUUGGAUCUGUUAGUUCUCCUCCCAGCAGCUAGCUCCUGA